ACAGAUCCUAGAGCAGCGUGAAUGGCAUUAACAAAGGAUUCAUUUGAACGGAUUAAGUGGCUUAUCACAGCUGCCUGGUGGCUGAUGGCUGUUUUUUCAGCCCUAGAAGCUGAUGGGGGAGGAUAUGCAUACCUUGAGCCAUGUGGGGGACAGGAGUGUUCACUUUGUCAGUGCUUUCCAGAAAAAGGAUCAAGAGGUCAGCCUGGUGAUCUGGGAGCUCAAGGUCCAAUUGGGUCCUUGGGAUCUACAGGACCAGCUGGUCUACCAGGGGAAAAAGGACAGAGAGGUGAGAAUGGGCAGCCUGGGCCAGCUGGAGAAAAAGGUGAUAAGGGCCCAACUGGAGUCCCAGGGUUUCCUGGCUUAGAUGGUGUUCCUGGGUUACCAGGAAGUGAAGGACCCAGGGGCAAGCGUGGUCCAGAUGGCUGCAAUGGCUCAAGAGGAGAUCUGGGAUUUCCAGGCGAAAAUGGUUAUGUUGGACCAAGAGGUCCUUAUGGAAAUCCAGGACAAAAAGGAGAAAAGGGAAAUUCAGUGUAUGUAUCAUAUUUUGGAAAAGGACCUCCAGGAGACAGAGGUGAUCCUGGCCCCCCUGGCAUGCCUGGACCUAGAGGGUCAAGAGGUACAAGGGGCCCGUCCGGAUACCCAGGCCACCCAGGCUUGCCUGGUAUUCCAGGGUACCCUGGCUUGCCGGGUGAACAGGGAAACCCAGGUAUUGGAGUGGAUGGACAAAAGGGGGAGCCGGGCGAUGUUGGACUUCCUGGGCCACCUGGGACACCACUGUUAGUUGGACCUCCAGGAGCUCAGCUGUUCAAAGGAGAAAAGGGCCAAAAAGGACUUCCUGGGGUGUCAGGACAGAGAGGGCCACGUGGACCCAAAGGUACGCUUGGGAGAGGGGAGAAGGGUGAAAAAGGCAUUCCUGGAUUCCCUGGAUUGCGGGGUAAUCCUGGCUCUUAUGGACCUGCUGGCUUUCCUGGAAUGAAGGGGGAAACAGGAUUUGCUGGUUUUCCUGGACAGCCUGGCUAUCCAGGCAUACAGGGGGAUCCAGGAGAAAAAGGACCCCCAGGUCCUCCUGGAGCUGUUGGAACUCCACUUCUUCCCAUAAAAGGUCCACAAGGAGAUCCUGGGUUUCCAGGUCCUGCUGGUGACAUGGGGUCAGUUGGACCAGUCGGUCCUGCAGGCCGGCUGGGAAGACCAGGAGAUGACGGAACAAGUCUACCUGGCCUGCCAGGAGUGAGUGGGGCACCAGGACCUCAAGGUUUUCCAGGUGACCCUGGUUUCCCUGGAACAGGUGAAUCAAUCCCAGGAAGACCUGGAUAUCCUGGACCACCAGGCUUACCAGGACAGCCAGGAAGACAAGGCUUACCUGGACUACCCAGUGUAAUCUGUACUGAGAGAGGGAUCCCUGGAGGACCUGGAGCGAAGGGUCAGUUAGGCCUUCCAGGAAGAAAAGGUGCAAAGGGAGAAAAGGGAAAUCGAGGCCUCUGCUCAUGUACUGCUGGUCCUCCUGGUCCCCGUGGUGUGCAAGGACCUCCAGGUACUCCAGGAAAGAAAGGACAAAUGGGAUACCCUGGAAGACACGGAGAAAAGGGUGAUCCAGGCUUAUCUGGUGCAAUGGGAUCUCCAGGGCACCCUGGGCUACCUGGUUCUGCUGGGCAACAUGGUGAGAAAGGAGAGAAGGGUGAUCCAGGAAGAGUUAGAAUAAAAGGAAUAAAAGGAGAAAGAGGUCCUACUGGAGCUCCAGGAUUUCCAGGCCAAAGGGGCAAUGAUGGCAGAGAUGGGGAACUAGGAUUGCCUGGGGAAAAAGGAAAUGAGGGUGAUUCUGGACUACCACUGCCAGGUGAUAAAGGAUUUCCUGGAGUCCCAGGACUUCCUGGGGUAAAAGGACAGACAGGAUUGCCUGGCUUGGGGUUUCCUGGCCCUCCAGGACUCAGAGGCAGCCCUGGAGAUGUUGGUGAUACGGGUAAUGUUGGGCCACCUGGUCCAAAGGGCCAGAAAGGUGACACUGUCUGCAUUACUUCACCAUACCCUGGAAAUCCGGGUCCCCCAGGAUUUAAAGGUGUUCAAGGACCAAAGGGUUUAAAAGGACUCCCUGGUCAUCCGGGACCAAAUGGCUUUGAUGGACAAAAGGGCCAUCAAGGCAGGCCAGGAGCAGGAAUCCCUGGCCCAGAAGGCUUUCGAGGUGAAACUGGUGAUCCUGGUGAUGAAGGUGAAAGAGGCUCAAUAAUUGAUGGUAAACAUGGUCCUCCAGGUCCACCUGGUGUAGAUGGUCAGAAAGGUGUUCCAGGUGAUACCACAUAUGGUCCUCCAGGAAUCCCAGGCAAGAGGGGACUGCCAGGACCCCCUGGUGCACAAGGAGCAAGGGGUGAUCCAGGCGUUCCGGGGUUUCAAGGACAGCCUGGUACCCCAGGAUUUCCUGGUCCCAAAGGCUUCAGAGGCCCAGAAGGUGAUAGAGGAGCACCAGGCUGUCCAGGAUUCCCUGGUCCACCAUGUGACACAGGCUUACCAGGGCCACCGGGACUCAGAGGUGUCAUGGGCCUGCCAGGAUCUCAAGGCUUACCAGGCUUUAAAGGUCAGAGAGGAGAUAGAGGCCUAGCUGGGCCACCUGGAAUCAAAGGUCUCAGAGGCUCUCCUGGCUUACAAGGUCCCCCAGGUCCUCCAGGCUCCCGAGGACUUACCGGACUCCCAGGCAAUAGAGGACCACUUGGUUUCCCAGGACAAACAGGAAGCAAAGGAAUUCAAGGACCCCAAGGAUUCCCAGGACUCCCAGGAACACAAGGCCAAAUGGGAUUCCCUGGUGUAAAAGGUGAAGAAGGAAAAAUGGGUCCACCUGGGCCUAGUGGAGAAUGUGGGGAUAUGGGAUUAAAAGGUGAAAGAGGGCCUCCAGGAGACAGUGGCUGUGUGAACAUUCGUCUUGAGAAAGGACAGAAGGGGGAACUGGGGUUUCCUGGUGAGAAUGGACUUAGGGGUGAAAGAGGUGAAAAAGGCAGCACUGGUUUCAGAGGCACCCCAGGGUUUCCAGGGAAGAAUGGUGUCCCAGGAUUGCCAGGUGACCACGGUGACACUGGAGUGAUGGGGUUUCCUGGAUUCCAGGGUUUCCCGGGACCAAAAGGCUUGAGAGGAAUUGGAGGCUUUCAAGGACAACCAGGUGACCAGGGUGACAUUGGCUUGCCUGGAAUCCCUGGAAAUCCAGGACUGACUGGCCCAAAAGGGUCUAAAGGCAGGAGAGGUGACCCAACUCCUCUGCUUGGUGCACACGGUUGCAAAGGACCUCCUGGAGAUCCAGGAUUACCAGGACCCUGUGGAUUCCCAGGAGAAAAGGGCUCAGCAGGUAUCCAAGGACAACCCGGAAAACCAGGAUCCAAGGGUGACCCUGGAUACCCAGGAAUACCUGGAUUUCCAGGAGCUACAGGUCCUCAAGGAUUGCCAGGAGAACCUGGAGAGAAAGGGAAACAUGGGAUUUUGGGAGCUCCAGGAUUGCAAGGAUUAGCCGGACCCCAAGGCAGAAAAGGUCUUCCUGGACUGCCUGGUCUGGAUGGCUUGGAUGGACUAAAAGGUCGAAAAGGUUCUGCAGGAGCUCCAGGUCAAAGUGAAACAGGGCCUCCAGGAUACUCAGGAGAACUUGGACCAAAAGGAGACAGAGGUGAACCUGGAUGGCCUGGUAUUUCAAUUCCAGGCCCCCCUGGAGAACAGGGAUUCCCAGGAUUCCCAGGUAGAAGAGGACCAGCUGGACCCAUGGGACCUAUGGGAAGAUGUCCUGAUAGUGCUUCUCCUGGCCCUCCUGGUGAUCAAGGACCACCUGGUUUGGAUGGAAUCAGAGGUCACCCUGGGAACCCUGGACCUCCUGGAGAGACUAUCUUUGUGCGAGGAGAUCCUGGUGAUACUGGUUUCCCAGGGGCACCAGGUAAGCCUGGGCAGCGAGGGCAGCAAGGAGCCAGAGGUCUUCCAGGGAAGCAAGGAAGAGAAGGCCCAAAGGGUCCUAUGGGAAUCCAUGGCCCACAGGGUCCACCUGGUGCUACCGGAGAACAAGGAGACCAAGGUUUUCAAGGAAGACCUGGUCCCAGAGGUCCCACAGGUUUCACAGGUGACCCUGGUGAACCAGGAAAAACAGAUGAUUCCUGCCCUGCAAUCCCAGGGCCUCCUGGGGAGGCAGGGCAAAGAGGAGAGGAUGGCUCUGCAGGAUUACCAGGGCCAAUAGGCCACCCUGGGCCCCAAGGACGAAAAGGGGAAGAAGGGUCACGUGGCCUGCCAGGCCAGGAUGGCUUACCAGGGGCACCUGGGCCACCAGGUGACCAAGGAAACAGAGGAGAGCAAGGAUACACAGGGCCACAAGGUCCACCUGGCCAGACCGGUAUCCCAGGACCACCAGGCCCCCACAUUAGAUCUGCAAGUGGCUUCUUGCUUGUCCUUCACAGUCAGUCAGACAGAGAACCACUAUGUCCACAGGGGAUGCCUAAAUUGUGGGCUGGCUACAGUCUGCUGUACCUGGAAGGACAAGAGAAAGCUCAUAAUCAAGAUCUUGGCUUGGCAGGCUCUUGUCUGCCCGUGUUCAACACCAUGCCCUUUGCUUACUGCAAUAUCAACCAAGUCUGUUACUAUGCCAGCCGGAACGACAAGUCCUACUGGCUGGCCAGCGCUGCCCCCUUGCCCGUGACACCACUCUCAGGAGAGGAGAUUGAGCCCUACAUCAGCAGGUGUGCUGUGUGUGAGGCCCCGGCACAGGCAGUGGCGGUGCACAGCCAGGACCAGUCCAUUCCUCCGUGCCCCAUCAACUGGAGAAGCCUCUGGAUAGGAUAUUCCUUUCUGAUGCACACUGGGUCUGGUGAUCAGGGUGGUGGACAGUCCCUAAUGUCACCUGGAAGCUGCCUAGAAGACUUCAGAUCAGCUCCAUUCAUCGAAUGCCAGGGCCAGCGGGGGACAUGCCAGUUUUUUGCCAAUGAAUACAGCUUCUGGCUAACUACCGUGCUGCCCGAGCUGCAGUUUGCAGCAGCCCCCAGGUCAGGAACUCUCAAAGAAGGCCAAGAGCAGAGGAGAAAGAUCAGUAGGUGCCAGGUGUGCUUGAAGCAUGGCUAGCUAGUGAAACAGAAGUGGACAGCCAAAACUAGACUUGUCUAAGGAUGAACAUGUUACAGGUUUAAAGAUCAUUGAACAUAUUUGGAACCGUGCGACACUGCUCCUCUGGUUUGAAUGGAGGUACAGGACUGACAGCUAAAGUA